AUGCUGCUGCAGGCCUUCAACCAGCAAGGACUGAGCAACCAGGCCCUGCAGGAGCAGCUGAGCGCUCCACUGGAGUUUCUGCACAACCGCCCAAAGUUGAGAACUCUGGACAAGAACUUCUUUUCAGAAAAAUUAUGGAAAGCAGAUGGGCAGGAUCAAGUGGCCAUGAUGCCACUGCUUCAUUUUUACAUCGUCUCCGUCCUCGAUGUUGACAUCAAAGACAAGCUCUCUGAGCAAGUACACUGCUUCCAGCUGCUGUGCAAGCGGGUUUUUUAUCUGGAAGCGCUUCGCAUGAGCAGGGACAGUGCACUACUUCCCUUGCUGGAGUCAGCGGAGAAAGAACACCACGAGGCAUUUGCGACUGUGUGGGGCCUCGCAGAAAUGAGACCGAAGCAUCACUACAGCCGACAUCAGGUGCAGCAGUUUCGCCAACAUGACGAGAUUAUAGACACCAUGAACACUGAGCGAAGACAUCAGAUCUACAAGACACUCUGCAACAACAAAAUCAAAGAUGUCAGGCACUUGGAGUGGGCUGUACUUGCUGGCUCCUUCUUUAACGAAAAGGAAGUCUUGGAGGCUGCGACAUGGAAUCUGUGCGUCACGACAGUGGAAAAUGGUCGAAAGGCUGCUGUGUGUGCCUGGCGUCGAUACAUCGUGGGCAAUCCUAUCGUUGUGUCAAACCUGGAGACGUGUGGGGUUAUUGAAGACGUGCAGCAAACAGAAGCAGGAACCCUCUUGGUGCUCGCGAUGUACAACCUGGCUGCAGUGAUCGACACAGGAAUCAUGCAGUGGACGCGCAGUGAUGUACAAAGAAGCCUCGAGAUUGCGGAGGACCAGAGAAACGUCCUCCUGCCUGCGUGCUGGAAGUUCGCCGGGCCGCACGUUGCGGCACCUCCCGAUGGCCCGGCCAAGAAGGUCUAUCGUUCCGCAGUCCUGGCGGAUCAGCGCUACGCGAAGAAGCGAUUCUACCCAGAUGCACCACGGCGCGCCCGAGCGUCAGGGUCGGAACUGCUCGCACCCGUCGACAACGACUGCGACCUCCCACCGGCGAGCCGCUCCGAUGUUUCCAUCGGCCUGCAGCGCUGGUGCACAGAGGGGGCCUGGGGAAUGUGUACAAGCUGUCAGAUGCUGCAGAUGCGCCCGCUGCGACCUAGAGACCUGCAAGCAGAGGACGUGCCGCUGCCAUUGCGCGAGCUGCCCCACGACGUCGUCCAGGCACUUCGCCCUUUGACGAUCAACGUGGGGCCGGUCACCCGCGCGGACAACGGCUAUCGCAAAAAGGUUCGCAUGACGACCUUUUCCUGGGGGCUGGAGAAGGUCGACGUGAAAGUCGAGAAACUACCUAAGGAGUCACGACGCCUCGCGCGUGCUGCGCUGAAGUUUCUGCGUCGGUCGUCGGACAGUCUGUAUGGGCAUUUUUACGAUCGCCACUGCUCCUUCUUGGACCAGAACGCUUCUGGGCCCACCCCGGAGGUGGCUCGCAGACCACUCCAGUUCAUUGAGGAGCCUGGCCUCGAGAACGCUCUCUGGCCGCACUUGUAUUGGGAUGCUAAUAUGUGCGAGUCUUACGAGCGCCUCAAUCGGCGCCGCUUCCGGCAGCUAGCCGCCACCGAAGAUCCGCAGGGCCAGGCCGAGACUAGCGAUGCCGACGAGGCAGAAGAUGUCGACGAUCGCCGUCACAGCAUCAAGCGUUCCUUCCUCUGCAAACUGCUCAGUCCCCUCCUUGGGUAUGGAUCCGACUUCGAGCUUCUGCAGUUCGUGUAUGACCUGCAUCUGUGGACGGAUCUGGGAAGCAAGCGCAACGUGGCGGACGGAACCGCCAUGCGGAUCAUGAUGCGCGGACACCCGAUGUCUCCGCUCUACUGGAAAGAUGUGAAGAACGGCCUGCAUGACCUCGUCCGCCAGAUAGGCUACCCUCACCUGUAUUGGACGCUGGCACCUUACGAGCGCAGCUUUCCGUACCACGCUUACUUGCUCGACGAGAUGCAGAAGCUGCUGCGCGAGCGAAUGCGACUGCCUGCCUUCGAGUGUCUGCACCUCACGCACACGAUGCUGCAGGUAACUCGCAGUCUUCUGGCCGGGCGCGGAAGGCAUCGCGGCACGGGCUGGACUCGGCAUCUGCUGGGGAAGGGGCAAGGACUAGACGGCGUGCAUUUCUUUACGCGCAUCGAGUUCCAGGAUGGAUCCAAGAAAGCCGGUACACAGCAGUAUCACGGCUCGGGCCGUCCACAUGUGCACGCACUGUUCUGGCUGCGAGAUCCUGCGGCAGUUGACCUGGGGUCAAUCGCAGCAGCAACUGAAAAUCUCCCAGAAGCCGAGAACGAUCUCGCCGCAUUCGUUCGAGGCUCGCAGCGUGAUGAUGCCGGCGAGAGCCGCUGGCCGGUGCAUGACGGUCCGCCGCAGUUUGACCCCGUCACGGGUGGCUGGACCCUUCCUCACACGCCGGACGACGCCGACCAGGGCGUUCGCGGGUACUUCCUCGACAUCAUGGACGCUCUGCGCUGCCAUCAGGACUUACAGUGCAGACAGGGACGUGGUCUCUUGCUGGCGUACGUGGCCAAGUAUGUGGCCACAUGGUCCGACUCCUCGUACGACGAGUGGAUGUCGGACGCGAGCAGCGUCACGAGCCUGUGUCGGAAGAUACUAUUCGAGUAUCACCCGCUCGAGCCUGAGAUGGUCCUGCAGCUGACGCAAGGUUUGCGUCAGUGGGAGUUUGGAACUGUCCAGACUGGUCGCCGGUCCGUACGUGCGCCGCAUCCCUGGGACGAAUCAGCUCAGCAGCCCUUGUUCGUACAAAAAUACAUGGACUGCGCCUGGCGUGGGGAGACCAUGUCCCUGCUGGAGUAUCUGCGUAAAAGUGGGCCGCACGGUGAGAUCGCUGCAUGGCUGCGGCAGCGACACGAGGAGGCGCAGAAUGCUGGCACGCAGGUGGACCUGGAAGAAUUCGUGCGAGGGUACAUGAUGCGUGGAGAGCAAGUCGUGGCAGUCGAUUAUUUGUGGCGGCUGAAUGACCGCUUCUUCGGUCAAUGGUGCAUGAUGCACCUGCCUUUUCGAUCCUUGGAAAUCUUCCGGACCGUCCGGGGUGUAGACAGUGUUCCGGAUCGUUAUCGUGGGUUUGCCACGGCUCUUCUGCUCACAGACAAUGCCGAUGGUCCACAUCGGGGGCACUGGCGUGAUCUGGGUAACUUGGUCCGGGACAUGCAGUUGGAGGGGCACACGGACGCAAUUAUCCGGGACACACGGCUGUUUUUGGAGGCUGUCACAGUCGCUGUGAACGCAUACAUCGACGGCCGCAUCGACAAGACGGAGGAAGACAGUGUGGGCAAGCCUGUGGAGCAAGCUCGCCUUGGCCUGUUCGAAGGCCAGCAGCUGCUGUUUUUCAACGCCAUACAGGAGCGAGUGACUCGCUCCCUGCAAGCACAGCAAGCGACGGACGACACAGACGUUGAACGCAUCUUCUCGCAGCUCCGGGAUCUGCAAAACCGGCCCUUGAUUUGCUCCGGCAGGCCGGGCACGGGGAAGACGACGGUGGCCUUGGAAUGUGCACAGUGUGCACUGGCCGAUGGCGCGGCAGUGCUGGUGACCUGUCCCACAGCUCGGAUGGCAGGCCGCGUGCGCCAGCGGCUUGGCGACCACGCCAAUUUGGUUGUCGACACGGCUGCAGCCGCGUUUCAAUUUCAUCUGCCUGAGCAGGAGGCGGCGUACGUCUUGUGCGGAUACACGCUGGUAAUUGUCGACGAAUACUCGCAACUCGGUCUGGAAGACUUUGAGCGCGUUCUCCGGCUGUGGAGCAUGGCGGACCGUGUUCCUGCGAUGGUUUUCCUCGGAGAUAAGUACCAGCUGCCGGGCGUGGCACCACGGCGGCCGUGGGAAAGCACGGCCUGGAAGUCGUGUCAAAGGAUGGAGCUUGCCAAAAUCUAUCGCAGUCAUGACCCUGCUUUUCUGCAAACGCUGGCUUUGCUGCGAUCCAGCAUGCCAACGAAGACAGAGGUGAAUAAAAUCUGCCGCGGCCAUAAGGCCUGGUCGGGCAAAGAGCCCACUGUGGAAGACAUGGAGCGACUCCUUCACGAGUAUCCCACGGCCACAUAUGUUGCGGCCACAAGGAGUGGGGUCGCUUUGAUCAACAAGCUCGCCCUGGCAGCUUUGUACCCUGGCGUCAGCCCCGCAGCCGUGCUGCCCGGCGCUUAUGAGGACAACCCGGAAAAUUUCAACAACAGUUCCUUGCGCCUCGACCGACAGCCUGCGCCUACCGAUGUGGAGAUUUACUUGGGCGCUCGCAUCUACCUCACACGGAAUGUUCGGAAGACGGAUGACUUUGUCAAUGGCAUGGGCUGUACUGUUCUGGAGUACGAGGCGGCCACCCGAGUGCUGUGGGUGCGAACGGACACCGGAAAGCGACUGCCCGUCACCCCCUGGCAUGAUCCGGAAUUUGCAGGGCUGGUCUACUAUCCACUUCGCUUGGGCUACUGCAGCACCAUCGCAAAAGUGCAAGGCGACGAAUUCUCUUUCAUCAUUAUCUACUUGGACGUGCCAAACUUGCCGGCAGUAGGCUACACUGCGCUGAGCCGGGUGAAAGAUGCUCAAUCCUAUCUUCUGGGCGGCGUGCUUACCCCGGAGCAUUUCACCCCUGUAACACUGCGAUGA